AUGUACCAGUUCAAGCCCACGCCGUCAGAGGUGGAGGACAUGAGCGUGGACCCGCUCAUGAUGUCCCCACGGCCGUCACACCGGAGACACGACUCCGACACCGACUUCACGCCAUCGUACCGGGGCACGCCGGGCUCCGUCGGCGACUACCAGCCAGUGCCGCAGGGCUCGGGUUCGGACCGACACGCCAGCUAUGACUCGGCGUACACCGGGGGCUACUUUGACGUCCCGGACCGGAGCCAGCGCGUCAGCCAAGGGUCGAGCGCUUGGAUCGGGCUGCACCGCGGGAGCACGGAUUCCCAGGGGACCUACGCGCACCUCCGGAACUGGAGCAACGCCAGCGAGGCGAGCAGCGAUCACGGGGGCGUGGACAACCGUGCGCUGCUCCAGGAACUCGACUCGACCCCGUAUGUCCCGGAGCUGGCAGCAACGCCUGUGUCCGACGCCCUGGCCGAGGCCCGCCAUAGGACGGCGGGGGGUUUGCUGGGUAUGAGCCGGCCGUCAGCCGUACACCAGCGGCGGAAGAGCAGCGAGGGCGGGAACGGCAGGGGGAGAAGCGACAGCUUGGCCGCCGUGGGGUUGAGCGUGGUCAGCGAAGACACGGAGUUGAUUGGGCAUAAUCGGCCGUCGGAUCUGGCGAUGGGUCAUACUUCUGUUGGGAAGGAAGGGUCUUCGUCUUGA